GAGACGACAGAAACUGUUCAACAAGAUGAAGCUGGUGAAAUACAUGAUCAUUAUCCACCUGAGCUGCUGUCUCUGUCAAGACUCAACUCGUGUCCAGGGGAAAGCAGAUGGAAAUAAUACAGGGGGAGUCAUGCUGGAGGAACCCAAAGGUGACCCCUACGUCCACCAAAAUAAAUUCAACUGGACUCUCAGGUUGCCUGGAAACAGGAGCGGUGAUGUGGUGGCGCUCUGGCUCAACUCCACAGAUUUGUUGGUCGAGCAGAUCUGUCAGGACCUCAACUUUGGACGUGUCUAUGACGUGAACAAAACCAGAUCCCCGCCGAACACCACCUGCUUCCACGACUGCUCGUACAAAGACCUCCGUUUGCAGAACUGUUCCCAGAGUGUGAGGGAUGAAUGCACAGUGAUCAAUGCAGCCGUUUGUGGCCACCAGGCCGUGUGGCUGGCUGAAGGCCCCGACCGCUGUGCUGGACGUGUGGAGGUGUGGAGAGACGGCCGACGGGGAACAGUGUGUGACGACGGGUGGGACCUGAGGGAUGCCGACGUGGUGUGCGCCCAGCUCGGCUGUGGUUACGCCCUCAGUGUGACGGGACAGGGCGGCUCCUUCCCCCCGGGCAGAGGACCCGUCCUCCUGGACGAGCUGAACUGUUCUGGCCAUGAGGACAAUCUGUGGGCCUGCCAGGCCUCACAGGAGGAGCCCGACUGUGGACACAAGGAGGAUGCUGGGGUCAUAUGCUCAGAGAUGAGAGCCAUCAGACUGACUGGAGGUGCGGAUCACUGCUCUGGUAAACUGGAGGUUCACCGUAACGGCCGCUGGGGCACGGUGUGUGACAACUGCUGGAAUGAACAUCUGGCCUCCAUGGUGUGCUCCAUGCUGCGGUGCGGAACCAGACCACUGAACUUCACCCAGUUUGUUCCUCCGCUCCUCCACAACCAGGGGACACUGUGGUACUACCAUUGCAGACCAGAGCACCAGAGCCUGUGGCAGUGCAGGGAGAUCGCCAACAGACCCCACCUGUGUACGGACUCUAAAGCAGCCGGGGUCAUCUGUGAAGGCUCCCUCGGGUUUCUCACAGCGACCACAGAUAAUACAACUCCAGUGAUGACCACGACAACAAGAGUCAUCCUCAUGGAAGAUUUCAACUCUCCUGUGCUCCUCAUCUCCUUCACCGUGUGUCUGCUGCUCCUCAUGUUGUUGAUCACUAACACGGUGCUCUGCUGCCACUACAGGAGGAGACAAGCGUUUUUACUCGAGCAGACUCGCACCAGCCCUCGACCACGUCACCUCAACAACUACCACGAAACUGUCGACUUGGUCAAAGUCACCGCCAGCCAGCAGCAGUCAGAUGUCCCCACGGAUCCCAGGUACCUGUGGACCCAGCGUAGUAGUGUUGACAGCAGAUCAGUAGAUACAGACUAUGAGCAGUGUGACCCAAGCAAUGCACCGUCUAUUCCUUUAUCAACCUUUCGGAAUUCUCGGCGGCACAGGAACAACACGAACCCUUUGCUGAGCCCUCCGGGUGUUGACGGCCUCUGUCAGGAAGGCCCUGAACCGACACAUACAGCGACAGGAGCCUUCGCAGCCCCCGGCGGAGGCCCCCAGGAUGCUCAACAGGCCCGAGUGUCAGCCAUCUCUGUGGAUUCAUUCGAAACCUCCAGCACCUCGUCUGGGGAGAACUACGAGAACGUAACCAACAGCGGCUACAUCAAUGUCACUCCUG